UUAUUUUGUAAACGCUGGCUUGGCCAAUCAAAAGGGCAUUUCUGUGUGUCUCACGUUCCCGGCGCUGAAGCGGAGCGGUGGUGUGUGCGGGGCCACCGUAUGCGCGCGCAGCAGUCGGACCGCCUGCCAGUGUGUACACACUAACAUCAAUAGCAUCGUUGCAGAGGGUGCUCGUAGCGUUUGCAUUUAAUGGCACAGAAGCCGCACUUGAAAAAGCUAUAAGAACACUUUGAAUUUCAACAACAUCUGACGCUGUCACCCAAACACAGAGUGCAGCGCUGAUUAAAGUCCCAUCACUCCCAGGACAGGAUAGAGUCCUAAACGCUGUUUCCACGGCAAAGCAAUGACUGAAGGUCGCACUGCUGCCCGACAGGCCCGGACCCAGCAGAAACUCUUCACCAUGGAUGUGGAUGAAGAGGAGAACAUGAGUUCCUGCAGCACCGACGUGAAGGAGAACCGCAACCUGGACAACCUGUCCUCCAAGGAGGGCCCGGGCGAGGCCGCCCAGCUCCUCCUCCUCCCCAACGGCGGCGGAGGCGGAGGCGGAGGCGGCGGCGGGGGGGGGCCGGGCCGCAAGCGCCCGCUGGAGGAGGGCAACAACGGGCACGCCGCCCACUCCAAGUUCCGGCCCAAGAAGCGGAAGAAGACGCCGGGGCCCGUGCUGCCCAAGAACGCGCUGAUGCAGCUGAACGAGAUCAAGCCGGGCCUGCAGUACCGGCUGCUCUCGCAGACGGGCCCCGUGCACGCGCCCGUCUUCGUCAUGACCGUGGAGGUCAACGGGCAGCUCUUCGAGGGCUCGGGCCCCACCAAGAAGAAGGCCAAGCUGAACGCGGCCGAGAAGGCGCUGCGCUCCUUCGUCCAGUUCCCCAACGCCUCCGAGGCGCACCUGGCCAUGGGGCGGACGCUGACGGUCAACACCGACUUCACCUCCGACCAGGCCGACUUCCCCGACAUGCUCUUCAAUGGCUUCGAGACGCCGGCCCCGCCCGAGGACCCUUUUUAUCUGGGCGCCAACGGCAACGGGGCCUUCGGGCCGCUAGGGGAGUACCCGCUGCCCGCCGCGGCGACGGGGGUGGGGGCGGGGGGAGCGGCGGGCGGGGCCAACAGCCUGGCGCAGUCGCCGCUCCCCGCCCCCCCCUCGGCCUUCGCCGCCGCGCCCUCCGGCGGGAAGAACCCGGUGAUGAUCCUGAACGAGCUGCGGCCGGGCCUCAAGUACGACUUCGUGUCGGAGAGCGGCGAGAGCCACGCCAAGAACUUCGUCAUGAGCGUGACGGUGGACGGCCAGACCUUCGAGGGCUCCGGCCGCAACAAGAAGCUGGCCAAGGCCCGCGCCGCCCAGGCCGCCCUGUCCGCCCUCUUCAACAUGCAGCUGGACCAGACGCCGUCCCGCCAGCCCAUCCCCCGCGAGGGCCUGCAGCUGCACCUGCCGCAAGUUCUGGCGGACGCCGUCUCCCGUCUGGUGGUGGACAAGUUCAGCGAGCUGACGGACAACUUCACGUCCCCCCACGCGCGGCGGAAAGUCCUGGCGGGAGUCGUCAUGACGACAGGCACUGAUGUCAAGGAAGCCCAGGUGAUCUGCGUUUCCACGGGAACAAAGUGCAUAAACGGAGAGUACAUGAGCGACCGCGGCCUGGCGCUGAACGACUGUCACGCGGAGAUAAUCGCCCGGCGCUCCCUCAUCCGGUACCUGUACACGGAGCUGGAGCACUUCCUCUGCAACAGCAAAGAGGAGCACCAGAAGUCGAUAUUCGUCAGGUGCGAGAAGCACGGCUACCGGCUGAAGGACAACGUGCAGUUCCACCUGUACAUCAGCACCUCGCCCUGCGGAGACGCCCGAAUCUUCUCGCCCCACGAAGCGGGCGUGGAAGACCAGGGGGACCGGCACCCCAACAGGAAGGCUCGGGGGCAGCUGCGGACGAAAAUCGAGUCGGGGGAGGGGACGAUCCCCGUGAGGUCCAGUAACACCAUUCAGACGUGGGACGGGGUGCUGCAGGGAGAGAGGCUACUGACCAUGUCCUGCAGCGACAAAAUCGCCAGGUGGAACGUGGUGGGGGUCCAGGGCUCACUCAUGAGCUACUUCACGGAGCCCAUCUACUUCUCCAGCAUCAUCCUGGGCAGCCUGUACCACGCCGACCACCUCUCCCGCGCCAUGUACCAGCGCAUCGCCGACAUCGAGGACCUGCCCCAGCAGUUCACCCUCAACCGACCCCUGCUCAGCGGUAUAAGUAACGCGGAGGCUCGGCAGCCAGGCAAGGCUCCUAACUUCAGUGUGAACUGGACGGUGGGGGACCAGGCGCUGGAGGUGAUCAACGCCACCACGGGGAAGGACGACAUGGGCCGGCCGUCGCGGCUCUGCAAGCAGGCGCUGUACAGCCGCUGGGUCCGCCUGCACUGCAAGCUCUCCCCCACGCUGAGGAUCAAGGUGUCCAAGCCCGGCACGUACCACGAGGCCAAGCAGGCGGCGCUGGAGUACCACAGCGCCAAGCAGACGCUCAUCAAGGCCUUCCACACGGCCGGCCUGGGGGCCUGGGUCAAGAAGCCCACGGAGCAGGACCAGUUCUCCCUCAGCUCCUGAGAGGGGGGGGGGCGGUCACCGGGCCCGGAGACUUCAUACGCUGUGUGUGUGUGUGUGUAUGUGUGAGACAGUGAGUGUGUGUGUGUGUGUGUGUGUGUGUGUGAGA